GACCAGUGGAGGCUUCAGUUCUUCUUAACACGCUUACGUCGCGGCAACGCAUUCUCCGUUCUAUCGUCCGCCGUCUCCGAUCGAUACCGAUCGGGCCUCGAACCGUCACUGAAUCGUCGAAUCGCUGCCACGGUUAUGAAGACCCGCAGAGCGACCGUGUUCCUCGCGCUCCUAGCGUUCUCCUUGAUCAUUGCGGACGUCGAAGCAGGAUGGAAAUUCUGGAAGAAGAAGGACAAGGACAAAGACGCAACUACGACUACGACUACAGCAGCUCCUAGCACAGCGGCGCCGACUACCAGCAAACCGGCCGGCAAAGCAACCAGUGGUCCGAACACUUUGGGAUCAGCUGUGAUCGGCGCCGGUGACCCUGGCCUGGCGAUCGGCGUCAGCUCGACCGGGCAGAACAUCAGGAACAACGCAAGACCGAGCAAACCGAAUCCCGGUACGGAAGUCGGCCUCGACAUCGGGGGAGCGAAGCCGCCGAAACCUGGUACCGGAGGCAACACUGGCCAGGGUUACAGAGAAUGGGCCGCCGAUCUGACCGGCGCCGGAGAACCCGGCAGGCAGCCGCCGAAACUGCCUGGCCAGGGACCAGCCCUCAGCCCCGGAGCUGCUAGACCAGCGUCUCCCGGUACCGGGCCGAAGGCACCAGCUCCACAGCCGCAACCAGCAGCUGUGAAUCCAACUCCAGCGCCGCGACCUCAACCUCAACCCCAACCUCAGCAGCCUCAACCGCAGAAACCUCAACCACCAUCGCCAGGUUCGCGACCUUCUUCCGUUCCCGGAAGCCCAAUAUCCACGCCGCCAGGAUCACCCACCUCGAGACCAGGUACGCCGCCAGCAGUACAGCCGGCACGGCCGACCAAUCAACCCGGAGGCGGAGACAAUUACGUGUCCACGUUGCACGUGGGUCCCCUGAGGCCCAGCAGCACUCCGCCACCUGCCAGACCAGCGAGUCCUGGUUCUCCAGGAAGAACAUGGGCGGACGUUGCCUCUGGUGGUAGCAGACCCAACUCUCCGAUUCCUUCCCCGACACCAGGGCAGACGCAACCUAGACCCCAAUCGCCCAGCUACCCCGGACAAACCAGGCCCUCCACCGGUGCGAUAGCAGGCGGAGCGCUAGCAGGUGGAGCGCUAGCAGGAGGCGCGCUGGCCGGCGCAGCCGCGGCAGGAGCGGCAAGUUCGUCGAACAAAGUCUACUCGAGCAAUCCCACCUACAGCAAGGGCAACGGCAUCACGGACGAGGACUUGGAGAAGCUCUCCGAGGCUCUGUUCAUCAAGGACAACAACAACGCGAACAAAUACAUAACGGUGAACCUGCAGAAGCAGACGACCAGCGCCAGCACGAGCGACGACGCGUCUCAGCCAUUGUUCACGGUGAGCCCGGACGCCUACCAAGGCACCACGGUCCAGAGAGUGAUCUCGAUCUACGACAACUACCAGCCGGACACGAACGUGAACGAGCACAUCAGCCCGUUGCAGAGGCAGGAGGAAAGCCUGCUGGUCGACACGUUCCUGAGCACCAACGUGAUGUCGGCGGCGAUGAGGUUCCUCGCCGACAAGGAGCGCAUUCGGAAGGAUUACUACGAGUACAAGGAGUCCUUGAGGAAGAUCUGGUUCAACCUGUUCUCGCGUGGCCAAGGGAAGAUCGGCAGCUCGGGAUUCGAGCACGUGUUCAUGGCGGAGUUGAAGAACGCUGCCACUGGCACCGAGGUGGUCGGCCUGCACAACUGGAUCUACUACAGCAAGGAGGAGGCCAGCGGAAAGGCCGACUACAACGGAUACUUGAAGAAAGUCGACUUGGGAGAUAAAGCCUCGAUCGUGAAGAUAAGAACGAAGUACAACGGGCACGACAAGCCCGUGACGACCAUAUUCGUGGGUACGUCGCCGGAGCUGGAAAUGGCGUUGUACACGGUCUGCUUCUACGCGCGGCCGGACGGCAAUUGUCCCGUAUCGCUCGGAGGGACGAAGUUCAAUAUCGUCACGCAUAAAUUUAGGUACAGAGGCAACGACCUCGUGGGAACAGCGUACCCCGAGAUAUAAGCUCUAUGUUCAUUCACGGACGGCUCCUAACUCCGCCACCGUUCGAAUAAAACGAUGCAAGAC